AUGGGCAAAAAGGGUAAGGGCAAGGGCAAUAAGCUGGUCAAAAUGUCGGAGGAGGAACGUGCCCGAUAUUUGCAGAUGCGUGCCGACAUGGAGGAGGAAACGAGGCGGCGCAAAAUGAAACUCAUUGCACUCUACAUGAAGAACAAACUGAAGCGAGAGGAUGCCUUUUGCCGCUUAAACAUGGCCAAGAUCAAUCAGGAAUGGCGCUCGAUAUUGCGUCAGGUGAAGAUACAGGAUUUGCGUAGUGAAAUAGUUGAUGUGGAGCUGUUCUUCAAGGAGGCGCUGAAGCGCAAGGAUCAGGUCAUACAGCGUCUCAUUGGCGACAUUAAUUCCACGGAGGAAAUGUACGCAAAUCUGCAGCAAUCACACAUGGAGAACAUUGAUAGAAUCAUUGCAACGGCUAUGGUCCUGGUCAGAGAUUCAACUGGCACCUACAGACUAGGCCGUGCUCUACUGGACUCGUGUUCGCAGAUCUAUGUGCGGCAUCUACAUCUUCGCAACUGCCAUGCUGGACCUAAAGCUUUAGUGGCCCUCAUUCGAUUGGAAUAUUGGAUCGUAAACGAAGACUUGGCACGUCGCAUCGUGCGCACCUGCAUGGCGUGUGUUCAGUACAAGCCAAAAUUGGAAAGGCAGCUUAUGGGAUCGCUGCCAGUGGAGCGCCUUCGACCGGGACACCCAUUUCAACGCUGUGGUAUCGACUUCU